AUGCCGAACAACUUCAUGUUGCUGACUGUUGCCCUCACGUCUGCACUGCUGCCGCUGCAGUUGGCGCUCCUACGAAACCUGAUGGUGCCCGAGGUCCCACCGCCGCUACUGGUGGCGCCUCUCUGCAUGCUGCUCAACCUUAUGUUGCUGACCGUGUUCCUCACGCCUGCUCCACUGCCGCCGUGGGUGGCGCUCCUACGAAAUCUGAUGGUCGUGAAGCUUGUCCCGCCCAAUCUCGUGAUGGAGAUUGUCACCACCAGCAGUCCGAGGCUUGGAGGCGUCUCCUGGCUGCACGCCUACCGCACGCACCACAUCAGCCUUUCGUUCGGCGCCGUGAUCGUCUUGACGAAGCCGCGGCGCGCCAUCUCGUUCACAUGCUCAUUACCACGGAGCUGGUCAGCUACAGCACCACAUACACGGAGGCAGCGAAGAUCCUGA